AAAAACUAACAAGGAAGCGAAUGGCGGAAAUGUAGAGCCACCUCACGCUUUCAGUUAGUAAUUUCUGGAUAUAGCUCUUUCUUUUCUUCUUAAAAGCAGAACCGAGCCCAGAGUCCAGCAGAUGUCUUCAGGCGAAAGCACUACGCGGUUCUGAAGAAGCGAUGCGGUCGCUCUGAGUCGCCUGACAGGGUUUGUAAAGUGGAUGGACGGAUGGGCAGUCAGUGAGCCAGCUGAGAGCGUCCUGUCACCGACAGCCUGCCAGUUUAAACACCGGACCAAUCUGAGACAAGUGACAAGUCAGACAUAUGGCCCUGCCGCUCAGUUAGCCGAGGGAGACGAGGAAACAACGCGAGCAUCAUGUUUCUGAAAACAUCGUUCACCACCCUGAUCGUGGGGGUGUUUGUGGUCUACGUGCUCCACACCUGCUGGGUGAUGUACGGGAUCGUGUACACCAAACCCUGCAACAACCCCAAAGGUGCCAACUGCAUCACACCCUUCCUGGCUGGGAACCCCAAACUGCAGCUGAGCAUCUACACCGCACUGCGGUCGAAUGCAGAAGGAGGCCAUACUCUGAUCCACAAAGAGGAGAACUUUGAUGUCAACAGCAAGUUUGAAAGGACAAUCAAUGUCUCCCUACCUAAGAAAACUCGUAAUAAUGGAACUCUAUACGCACUAAUAUUUGUCCAUCAAGCUGCUCACGAUCCGUGGCACGAUCCACGACAAGUCCACUUGGUUGCUCAGCUCACCACGUACAUGGUCCCUAAACCGCCUGAAAUCUCUCUGAUAUCUGGAGAAGAUAAAACACAGGGUCAGAAAGAAGGCCAGCAGAAGAAGCCGCAUGAUGCGGUGCCAGGGGGCGGAGCCAGAGCUGGAGCCACCUCUGUGUCAGACCAUCCAGUUUCACACUGGCGCUCCCGCCUCACUGUGAACAUUGUCGGCGACCACUUCCUCUUUGACAGAGAAUACCUCCCAAAUGAUGUCCACAGAUACCUCAGAGUGUUUCAGAAUGGGAAGAAGGUGGUGUAUCUACCUCUGCUGUUUGUUGAUGAGCUCAGCAACCGGGUCAAGGACCUCGUGGAGAUCAACAGUACCACUACAGAACUUCCUCUGACCAUCUCUUACGACUCAAUCUCUCUGGGCAGACUUCGAUUCUGGAUCCACAUGCAAGACGCCGUUUACUCUCUGCAGCAGUUCGGGUUCACAGAGAAGGAUGCCGAUGAGAUUAAAGGGAUCUUCGUGGAUACCAACCUGUAUUUCUUGGCCCUGACUUUCUUUGUAGCGGCUUUCCACCUCCUCUUUGACUUCCUGGCCUUCAAAAAUGACAUCAGCUUCUGGAAGCAGAAGAAAAGUAUGGUGGGAAUGUCCAGCAAAGCAGUGCUGUGGCGAUGUUUCAGUACCAUAGUGAUUUUCCUCUAUUUGCUUGACGAGCAGACCAGUCUGCUUGUCCUCAUACCUGCAGGGAUCGGCUCUGUGAUUGAAGUUUGGAAAGUGAAGAAAGCCUUUAAGAUUCAAGUUUUCUGGAAAGGAGGCAAACCCACAUUCCUGUUUGGAAAGUUAGAUGAAUCUGAGAGGAGAACGGAAGAAUACGAUACCCUGGCCAUGAAGUAUCUCUCAUACCUCCUUUACCCACUGUGUAUCGGAGGGGCAGUGUAUGCACUAAUAUUUUUACGAUAUAAGAGUUGGUACUCGUGGCUGAUUAACAGCUUGGUGAACGGUGUUUAUGCAUUUGGGUUCCUCUUCAUGCUUCCUCAGCUAUUUGUCAACUAUAAGCUGAAGUCUGUUGCCCACUUGCCCUGGAAAGCCUUCAUGUAUAAGGCAUUCAAUACCUUCAUCGAUGACGUGUUUGCCUUCAUCAUCACCAUGCCAACGUCUCACAGACUGGCCUGUUUCAGAGAUGAUGUGGUGUUUCUCAUCUACCUUUACCAGAGAUGGCUCUACCCAGUGGACAAAACAAGAGUAAACGAAUAUGGAGUGUCGUACGAUGAAAAACCCAAAGAGAAGAGUCACUAGACUCGGAGGAAUUUGCUUUCAUGAUCUGGAAUCUGUGGGUAUUGUCUUAUUUCCACUGGUGUCCACUCAUCUUUAUCAACUGGACUGAGUUUAAUGGUCAGGGGGAAAUGUUUGUUGUAUAUGUUCCAGGUGCAUAAAUGUGCUCACGGUUCUGACUUUUUCCACCCUGUUAAAAGAGCAACAUCAUCUUCUGCUUCGUCUGACAGUCUGACGAAGCCUUCUUGUUUUGUUUUGGUUUUUUUUGGGGGGGGGGGAUUUUUUUUACAGUGUGUGCGAUGGGACACAGUGACGAGCUACCGUACAUCUCUGACCCUUUCAGAUUGACAUAACAUCCUGCAAAUAUACACUUACAAUGUAAUUGUUGUGAACUGCUUGCAAUCGUUUUUUAAUUUUUCAUGUUUUUUUCCAGAGAUUUAAAUGCACAAAGGAAUCUUUAUAAUUCUUAACAAUGCUACGCUCGUGUUUUGAAAAAGUUGGAUUCAGCCUGCUCUGACAGCUGGCAGAUGUAGUAUAUCUACAAGCUGCAGAGAAAGAGCUGCUUUGCUCAUCUGAGAGCUUUAUUCACUAAGAAGACAUAAUCCAGUGGCUUGUUGUAUACCUACCAGAUAAGACAGCCUUCAAGUAAAAUCAAGAUAGCUGUGUGACGGCAGGGAUACAAAGACUGUGCUGUGACAAAAAAGGGGGGAGUGUGGCAAAGGUGAAGCAUUCUGACUGAUGUUUCAGGCAGCUCAAUAAUAUUGUUCCAGACAGUCUCAGAAAAAUCAGGCUGUAGUCAUAAUUGCAGCUUUUGCGCUUAAGUGGCCACUAUUUCUAAAUUGGUAGCUGGUGUUUAUGGUAAUUGGAAUAAAAUAUGAAAGGUGCAAUAAGCAAAGGUAAGCCAUACAGAAACUAAAAAGGAUGUAUUGUUAGCUCUUUUGAAUAUGUAAAUUAUCAGAAAUUAUGUUCAUUCUUUUUAAGCAUUUCUCAAUAACUUGGCAAUCUGGCUCUUAAAAAAAAAAAUGGUACAAAAUUAUAUCCAAAAUGAUCACGUGCAUACAGUUGACAUUUGUUAGUUCUGUGACAAAGAACGGUCAUGUUUAACGCUACAGUCACACUAGGGAAAACAGUAGUUGGAGGCCACGGCACGACCAAAACCAUUCUGCCUGUGUGCUAUAAACUUGUAAGUCAAAGUGACUUUAGUGCAAGACAGCGAUGAAAUGGCAGUAAGGACAAUAAGUCAGUCUGCUAUCAGUUUGCAACUGAAUAGGAUCCAGUUGGCAAUUACAUGCAAUCUGCUUGUGAGGAGAUGUGGGCAAAAACUACAAAUCUGUUGACAUGUGUUAUAAAUCUGUUGCUGUCUACACAAACACAAAUUCACAUUAAACCCUAGCCGAGUCCGGCAAGUGUUUCCAUAGAUUUAAAAUGGGAAUUCCUCCACGAAUAGUGAUGUAGUUGAUGUAAAGUAUUUACAUUUUUGUUGUCUUUUUUUUUUUUUCUCCUAGUUACAAGGAAGUCACUGUCCUGCUUUUGCUCUAGUGUGACUGAGCUGUAAAGAGAACCUGUUAUGCUCGUUUUUUAUUACGCACUCUGUUAUGAUGUAAAUGUUCAUAAUAAGAGAUAAUUAGACAAACACAUUUGAAUGUAAUCUCUAAAUGGGAGAAACGAAACACCAAAAGCAAAACAAAACGGUUUACAGUACUUUUUUCUACUUCCUUAUUAAUAUGAUGAUAUCAGCUUAUCAAGGAGAUAUGCAGACCUAUAUACAUAAA